AUGUCUGAGGAGAGCGUGAAGGUUGCGGUGCGUGUGCGCCCGUUCAACAGCCGCGAGAAGCAGCGCAAUGCGGUCAACGUGAUUGAGAUGGACGGCAAGUCCACCGUCAUCAAGAACCUGGAAGAAGGCACAGAGAAGUCGUUCACCUUCGACUACAGCUACUGGAGCCAUGACGGCUUUGAGGAAAAGCCUGACGGAUAUCUCAGCCCAACGACCCCCGAAUACGCAGAUCAGCAAAAAGUGUUUGAUGAUCUCGGACAAGGCGUCCUGGAGAAUGCCUGGAACGGCUACAACUGCUCGCUGUUUGCGUAUGGUCAGACCGGUUCCGGCAAGUCGUACUCCAUGGUCGGCUAUGGCGUGAACAGAGGCAUCGUCCCAGUCACCUGCGAUGAGCUCUUCAAGGGCAUCAGCGGCAACAAAGUUCCAAACGCGGAAUUCAAUGUCUCCUUCUCCAUGCUGGAGAUCUACAACGAGCAGGUGCAGGAUCUGCUUGGGUCGAGUAAGCCCAAGGGCGGGCUGAAGGUUCGCCAGCACCCGAAGAAGGGCUUCUAUGUCAACGACCUCCGUGUUGUGCCCGUCCACUCCUUUGCGGAGAUUGAGGCUAGGAUUGAAGAGGGAACGAAAAACCGAACCAUUGCCGCCACAAACAUGAACGCAACCAGUUCACGUGCACACACCAUCGUCACUGUCAACGUCAAGCAGAAGACAACCAAUGAGGGCGGCGUGAACAUGACGAAGAGCUCGAGCAUCAACCUGGUUGAUCUCGCCGGUUCAGAGCGCGCUGAGAGCACAGGUGCACAGGGCGAUCGGCUGAAGGAAGGAGCAGCCAUCAACCAGUCGCUGUCCACGCUCGGUAACGUCAUCUCCGCACUCGUCGACGUGCAAAACGGCAAGAAGAAAAUCAUCCCGUUCCGCGACUCUGUGCUGACGAAACUGCUGAAGAAUGCGCUUGGCGGCAACUCCAAGACGAUUAUGAUCGCCGCGCUGUCGCCGGCCGACAUCAACUACGACGAGACGCUCUCCACGCUGCGCUUUGCAGACCGCGUCAAGUCCAUCAAGACACAGGCCGUGGUGAACGAGACGCCGACGGAGCGGCUGAUCCGCGAACUUCGGGAGGAGAAUGCGCGGUUGAUGGCCAUGCUGCAAGGCGGUGCACUGCCCCCGGGCCUCACCCAGGUCAGCACACGCGUCGCAAUGGCCGAGGAGCUGAAGCGGCAGAUGGAGGAGAACCAGCGCGAGAUGCAGGAGAUGAAGAAGACCUGGGAACAGCGCCUGGAGGAGGAGAAGAGGAAGCACGCUGCCGUGGUGCCUGCGACGCAAGAGAAGGAGAAACGGAAGCACGUUCCGCAUCUCUGGAACAUGAACGAGGAUCCCGCCCUCAGCUGUGUCAUUGCUUACUUUAUCGAAAAGGACGAGGUCACCGUUGGCAACGGCCGCAGUGAUGACCCGACGGACAUUGUGCUGAAGGGGCUGAGCAUUGCGCCGAAGCACGCGAUCAUCCACCGGCGCGACGGCAAGCUGUUCAUCAAGAAGGCGGCAGCACGCGAGAAGAUCCUCGUCAACGGCAAAGAACUCGAGAACGAGCCCGUCGAGCUUCGUCACCACUCGCGGGUGCUGCUGGGGCCGUCGCACCUCUACUGCAUGAGCAUCCCAGGCGAGGCCAAGGCUGCCGAGUCUGAGGGAAAGGUGUGGAAGAUCCCCACGUUUGAGGACGCGCAGGCAGAGAUUGCCCGCCACAGCGGUCUCACCACAGACAUGAACCAGAGCCCAGAGCAGCUGCUCCUGCAGGAAGAGAUUGAGACGCUGCUUCGCCACGUGACAGAAGCAAACGCCAUCAGCACGGAGCUGAACAAGGACAAGUACUUCAGUCUGGAGCUCGUGCAGAGCAAGGAUAAGUCCAACAAGCCAGACGUCAAGGUGCUGGUGGCGGACACGAAGACGGGUGCGUCGUGGAUCUGGUCGCGCAACCGCUUCAUGAACCGCAAGUACGCCAUGCUGGAGAUGUUCAACGCAAAGAUGGAGGAGGACCCGGACUGGGACCGCCCCACAGAAUCGGAUCCGUUCUUUGAGGCGCUGGACAAGGCGGUGAAGAUUGGCUUCUGCAACAUAUACCUGCAGCCGCUCUGCUACAAAAUGGACCUUGAGGAGAGCGUCAGCAUCCUCGACCACAACGGUCAAAUCCAAGGCCACCUUGACGUACACGUGUUCCCGUGCCGCGCGGACGGGUCGCCGUUUGACGAGGACGAGUUUGAGCUGUUUGUGGACGAUCCAGACGAGCUCGUCGGCCACCCGUACUACAUCAUGGUCUCCAUCAAGACCGCGACGGGCCUGCCGCCACAGUAUUCUUCCAUCCACUGCAGCUACAAGUGGUUUGAUGACGAGGAGGACGUCCAGACACCACCGGUGCAAGAGAAGAUCAACGCGAACAUCGAGCACUCCAAGAUCAUCUCCAUCCAAUCCGUCUGCCAGGAUCUCAUCGACUGGAUGUCAAACGAGGCGCUUGUGAUUGAGAUCUGGGGCGAUCAGACGGGCUCGGAGGAGAACAAGGCCGUCUUCACGAAAGGACACACACUCGCGUCGUUGCAGCUCACGUCGCUCAAGUCGCAGGAGUAUGAGGAGCAGCUGCAGCAGCUGCGGUGUGAGAUGGAGACAUACCGUCGCCGCUCGGAGCGCAUUUCCCGGAGACAUACCCUGAUCAAGGACAAGAAGCCGAGCGAGACUGUGACCGUCGCCGAUGUGAAGAGCGCGUUGAGCAAGGGUGCUGACAAGCGGUUCAAAGGCGCUGUGCAGUCGAUUAUGGUGGGUCUGCGGGCGCAGAAAUGGCGGGAAUCCACGCCCGAGCAGCGCAGCCAGUCCUCCACCGUCUGCUCCGUCAUGUGA